CAUUUUCACAAAGGUAGAAGGGAAGAAUUUCACAUUAUAAACCCGAGCUAGUGUGGACCAUGUACGCCUCUUUGAUUAGACCAGUGCGGUCCAAAUUACUUUGUAAGACAUCCUUGCGGAACCUAUGUAACACUAUCACCUUGAAAGAGAAGGAAAAAUUAUAUUUCGGUAGAUUUACCCAACAAGAAUAUGACGAAGCGGCUGCAAUUGUUAAACAACAAGUUGAGAAUUUAGAGAAGCAAAUCAAGGGACCAAAUGACCCUAGACUGAAGGUUGGAACCAUGCCAAGUAUCCCUGCUGCACCAACAGUCUCCAAGGAUAAGAAUAAUACCUCCUCCAAGAUCUCCAUCACUUCUUUGGCAGGAAUUCUUGUUCAAUCGAUCAAAACUACUGGUCCAAUAUCUCUUUCUGCUUAUAUGAGACAAUGUCUUACUCAUCCUGAGUUUGGAUAUUAUACUACUAGAGAUCCAUUGGAUAGCAAAUCUGGUGAUUUUAUCACUUCUCCAGAAAUUUCUUCAGUUUUUGGUGAAAUGAUUGGUGUAUGGUUAUUCUCUACUUGGUUGCAACAAGGAAGUCCAAAAAAGGUUCGUAUUAUUGAAUUUGGUCCUGGGAAGGGUACCUUGAUGCACGAUGUAAUCAAAUGUUUUAAUAGACUUAGUAAAGGGGCCGCUGCCAUGGGUAGAGGAAGUGACAAAACAACCAUUUCUAUCAUUAUGAUUGAAGCAUCUCCUGUAUUGAGAGAAGAACAAAGAAAAUUAUUAUGUAAAGAAAACCCUUUACUUCCCGGGAACAAGUGCACCACCCAAUGGGGGAAUACCAUAGAAUGGGUUGAUACUGAAAAGGAUAUUGUAGAAGAUCUGAACAUGGCAAAUUAUAUCUUAGCUCAUGAAUUUUUUGACGCUUUGCCUAUCAAAUCCUUUGAAAAGGGUGAAAAGAAUACUUGGAGAGAAUUGCUUGUUGAACAUUCUUCUAGUGUAAACAAUACUCAAGGCAAGUUGGAAGGUACAUCAAAAGUGGAUUCCAAAGAUACCUCCCUUCUUGAAACAGAUUUCCAUUUAACUCUUGCACCAAAGGAAACUCCUUCUUCUUAUAUUCCAAAGAAUACUCGUCGUUUCCACGAUCUCCCGGUGGGGACAAGAGUGGAAAUAUGCCCUGAUGCGCAAUUAUAUAUUUCUAAAAUGGCAGAUUUGGUAAAGGAUAAAACUGGUGCAGUUCUUGUAAUGGAUUAUGGGAUUUCAGAAGGUGUGCCUGAUAAUACCCUUCGAGGAAUUUAUAAACACAAGUUUGUUUCUCCAUUCUAUAGUCCUGGGGAUGUGGAUUUAUCGAUAGAUGUUGAUUUUGAAAACCUCAAGAUUUUAGGAGAGGGUAACGGUGAAAGGAAAGUGUUUGGACCAGUGGAACAAGGAGAUUGGUUACAUGAAAUGGGAGUUGGAUAUAGAAUUGACCAGCUUUUAAAGAAAAAUAAAGAUUCUCCAGCCGAACAGGAUAAGAUCUAUGAUUCAUACUUGAGAUUGACUGGGAAAGAUGAUAAAGGGAUGGGGAAAGUAUAUAAAUUUUUAACUAUUCUUCCAUCUGGAACGAAGGAAAGUCCGGGUUUCAUGGGCUUAUAGUGUACAUAGUAUAAAUAGUAGGUAGAGUUGUGACUCUAUGAAAUAUAAAUAUUUUUUAUUUAAUUGUGAAAAAGAGAUUCUAAC